AUGCAAAGAAAACGGAAAGAGACAUCCAACGACUACAUAUAUAGACAGGAUGAAUCCUCGAAAAAGUUCGCAUCAUCAGAUAUUCGACAAAAGUUUACAAACUUCAUGUUUGGACUGAGAAAAAUGUCCCGAUACAUGGUCGAGAAGACAACUAUAUAUGUAUUGGAAUGCGAGAAUGGCAAGUAUUAUAUUGGGAGUACCGUAAAUAUGAAGCGGCGGAUGCAACAACACUUUGAUAAUAGUCGAGGUGGGAGCGUAUGGACCAGGAAAUAUAAGCCCAUUCGGGUGGUCAAGGUUUACAAACGCAUUCCGUAUCGGUACAAGCUUGGGUUCGAAGCACAAGUGACCGCCGAACUCAUGUGGGAAAAGGGCAUCAAUAAUGUCCGAGGCGCCAUGUAUCUAUACUCUAGAGAGUAUAAUGCCAAGGAUAUUGACUCGUUGGUGAGUUUCAUUGGCCACUACAACGAUUUGAGCUACACCUACGUUCGGCAACAACUCUUUAAGGAACUAUCAGGACGAGGACGCCAAGUUGAUAAUGCUAAAACUAGAAGGAAGGAGCAACGGAAGCAUCUCCAAAUUGAAUACCAAAAGAAGACGGAAAACAAUAAUCACGAUGAUGAGAGAUAUGAAGCAUCGCAAUGUAAAGAUGACAAGAAUAGUGGACCCACCACAGAUACAGACGAUGAAGAUGAUACCGGUGAUGACCGGUACAAAGCAAUGGAUGCAUGGCUGAACAGGAAUAUUGAUGAAUGGUAA